AUGGAGAGAGAGAUGAGAGUAAAGGAGAAAGCACAGAAGACAGAGAAAGGGAGGAGAGUGAGAGGGGUGAGAGAGGAAAGGAAGGAAGAAGGCUUCACCGUUGAAGGAGCAGAAAACAGAAAGAGGAUAGGAAAGAGAGAGAGUGGGGAGGGAGAGGGAGGACGGGAGAGGGGGAAGAGAACAGGGGAAAUGAUGAUAAUAGACAGAGCUGUUGAAAGGAGGAGGAGGAGAUGGAGCGAGAGAGAGAGAUGUUGGGGUAAUGGAAGGAUGGAGGGAACGAGAGAGGGAGGAGGGAAGAAAGAGAGAGGCGCAGAGCGGAAUUGGUGUCUAGUAUUAGCGUUUUGUCAGUCAGUCAGCUAGACAAUCAGUCAGUCAGUCCUGCAUGCACUUUAGGAAGACGAUAGAAGAGAGGGAGCGAAAACAAAAGGGGAAAUGUGCCAACGAUAAUGAUGACCCAAUCCCACGACCGCCCUAACCACUACCACAGCCGACGUUUGCAUGGUCAACACGACCAUUCCUCGCAGGGGUUCCCAAACCCAACAGACACCUGCUGGGCUAUGACCGUACAUGCGGUCGGACCAUAAGGUUGGGACCAUGUUCCAACCAGGCAGCAUCACUGUGUGGUCUCUAGCUAUAGAGACCCAGAUUGUGCCCCAAAUGGCACCCUAUUCCCUAUAUAGUGCACUACUUUUUACCAAAGCCAUAUGGCAACCUAUUCCCUAUACAGUGCACUAAAUCGAGAGUGGGGUGCCAUUUGGGAUGCUGUCCAAACCACCCACCCAUUCUGACUCCUUUAUGUGGGCUAGCGCUAAUGCUACAUAAACAGCGUUGUUAGGCUUAAGGGAUAAAGUGUGUUGCCUUGAUCCCCUCACUGUGGGUUGCUGAAGCUUCUAGUCAGAGCCAGCCUCUCAGUUGGUCUCCACAGGCAUAGAGGAACAUUCCAAACCCUCUUAUAUCCAACACCAUCCACUAAGUUAUGUCAAUAAACAACACAUAUGGUCACAUUGGCUGCAUUCUUUCCUGUUGGGAUAGCCUUUGAUGGUUCUGCCACUGGAACUAAAGGAAGACGGUUAGUCACCUUGGUGUGGUAUAGGCAUGUUUAUUGCCGUGUAAUAUCUAAUGUAUAUAGAAGAGGUUACACCCUGAAGUAGGCACGGUUCAGGGUUCAGAAUUGCCUAUGAGAGGUACAGUGUACUUUCUUGUGUACAUGUCAAAGUUUGUCAAAGGUAAAGUUAUAUAAAAUUGUAUUUACGUCUUUUAUAAUGUUACCAAAAUAACCUUUUCUUGUGUCAUUCUACAGGUGGUGCUGGUAACGCCACCCAUCCCAGGGUUCCUAGCGGUGGCGGCGGGGAUUCGGGAGACGCGGGGGGUGAGAACGGACCCCUCCCCCCCUCCAACGUGGCAGUCAUUGCCGGCGCUGCAGGGGGCUCUGCCUUCCUCCUCCUGGUCACCGCGGUGAUCUGCGUGGUGUGUUACCGGCGGCGACACGCCAAGCACUCGGAGUCCCACCACCCGCCCCUGUCACUCUCCUCCCUCACCAGCCCCAAGAGGCAUGGCGGCGGGCACGGCGGCGGCCAUGGUGGCGGUAACAACAACGGCUCGGAACCCAGUGACAUCAUCAUCCCGCUGCGGGCUUCGGACUCGGCAUACUGUCCUCACUAUGAGAAGGUGAGCGGGGACUAUGGUCACCCCGUCUACAUUGUCCAGGAGAUGCCCCCCCAGAGUCCAGCCAACAUCUACUACAAAGUAUGA